UAUUUGCAACCGGCUCCGGUAUACUUGCAAGCUUCAUUCCGGCUUCAAUUGAUUUUGUUCUUUCACGGUGUCAAGUACUUUUCUCUCAAAGUAAAUUUCAAAGAAAGUGUCUCAGUUUUUUCUAGUGAAUUUUCUUCGUCAAGAAAAACUCCCAAAGUUUGAAACAAAAAGCUAUCCAAGUGCAACAAUGGCUUACCGCAACAACAACCGUCGCAAUGGAGGUGGUGGUGGUGGUGGUGGCAAUUUCGGCAACAACUACGGUGCAGGCCGAAUCAAUCCUUGGGACACGGGUGUGGGCGGGGGCCGCGGUAACAAUGACGCCCUCACGUUAGCAAACAGUCUGAUCAAUAAUUUACUCCGCAAUCAAAACUCUAACCAGGCUCCGCCGUCACUCCUGGACGGCGUCCAAUCGUCCCGAUUCGACGAUAUGAAUGGAUUCAACUUCAUACGGAAUCGGUACGGCAAAAACCGUAACACUAACGGCCCCUAUAAAGGUGGCAUUCGUAAACCGGAUGCAUUCACCCGUUCCAAGAAUGUUCUGGCCAAAAAUUCCCAUAAUAAAAAAGAUGCUAAAGAUUCGAGCAAGAAAGAGAGCAACAACAAGCAGGGAGCAAAUAAGAAAGGCAACUCGAACAAUGCUGGUGGAAACAACAAACAGAACAAAUCGUCGCCUUACGCCGACGUUUCGAACGAGUACUUGUACUGUCACAUGUGCGACAAGCACAUGUACGAUGCGACCUCGUUCGAGAAUCACGUCACCGGCCGCACCCAUCGGGUGAUGAAGGAGAGCAUCGAGGAAAGCUACCGCAUGCGUGCAACUCUGCUUCGCCAAGAGGCCAGAAUCGCCGAGCAACUGAAGACGAUUGAAAUCGAUCGGUUGAAGCGCAUGGGCAAGGCUAAGAAUUACUCCAAAAUGCGCGAGUAUUGCCCGAUGUGUGAACUCUUCUUCUAUGGCCACAUCAUCGCACAUCGUCGCUCGGAGAAGCACUUGGAUUUGAAAAAGUUCUUGCAUCCCAAGUGCGACGAUUGCGAACUAGAGUUCCACAACCGCACCGAGUAUGAUGACCAUUUGCUGUCUGUGGUUCACAUGAAGAAUUGCAAGACUAAACCAAGUCGACUUGACAUCGAGAAGAAAGCAAAACAAUUGGUUAUCUCCACUGCUAAUGAUGAAUUGCUAGACAUUCGUGAAGAAACGGCCCCGAAAAAUAAAAAGAAGGACAAAGAGGCUGCCGCUUCGGCAGCGAAAAAAGCUGAAAAAGCCUCGGCAACUGCGACUACAUCUGGCGAGAAUGGUGAAGCUGCCAAGCCGGAUACGGACGCAGCUGCUGAUAAGUCAACCACAGGAGAGGGUGCGGCGGCGGAUGAAUCCAAAGCUGAAGAUGAUACUCCAGAGGACGAAGUUAUUAAGGAUGAAGAGAGCGCCGACUGUAUUCUUGACUACAAGGUUGGCGAUGAAAUUGCUCCGGAAAUCGACAGCAAAUUGCCACGGUACAACAAGAAUCGUGCGCUCGGGUUGAGCUUGAUCGGCAAGCUCGAGUGUCACGAGUGUCGCAUCUGUCACAAGUACUUUGAUAAUGACGCUACUGGUGAGAUUCACGCACGCACGCACUCUCAUUACCGUGCCUUCAUUCGUUUCUUGAAUGAAAAGGCCAUGGAAGUGCGUAUUUCUCAAAAGCGUGCCGCCGUCGCAUUGGAAGAGGCUGAAGCCGCCAAGAAACAAAAAUUGGCUGCUGACGACAAGAAAACUGAUGAGAAUGGCGAUGCUGACAAGAAGGACUCGGAGCUGUAUGAUCCAUCAGAGGCUACAGGUGAAGAGUCUGGCGAUGCCAGCAUGGCCGAUGACAGUAAAAGUGAGGAAGCCAACGGUCUUAGCGAAUCUCAGCUAGAACCGAUGGAGACGGAAAACGCCGAAGCAAACAAAGCCGAAACAACUGCUUCUGCCGAUGAUAAGUCUACCGCUUCCUCCGGUGAGGCCGCCAGCAAGACUGACGAUUCCUCCAAAGCAGAAGCAAAACCAGAAAAGGCGGAAGAGAAAACUCCUGCCAAGAAUAAUCGGCGGGGACGUGGCGGUCGCCCCGGCCGUUAUGGUGGACGCUACUAAAAAAAAUAUGCAGAAAAAAUUAAACUCAGAUUUAUCAUCAAUUUCUGCAUUUGACGCCAAUCGAAAGUGUAUUUCGAGCGAUUAAUUCACUGCAAUGAAAUAACAAAUUAUUACUUACUCUAUUUUCAUGCUAAUCAACUCUACUAUUUCAUCACGUAAUGCUAUGACGCAAAUAUAACUUUUUAUGAUUCUGUUUUCAUAAAAACACAUUGUGUGUUAGUUUGCAUUUGACUUCAUCCUUUACACCUUAUCAUAGCAAGAGGACAGCACUUCUGUAUACUGGUUUUUGUAUUAUUCUAAACAUAAUUUCCUCAAUACGUUCUAACACAAAAUGCAGGAGAAAUGAUGACGCAUGCUUUAAAAUAUAGAACAAAUGUUUAAUAAAAACGAAACCUACAAAAAAAAAAAUAAUCUAUUCAAGGCAAAAAGCGAAUAUUUCUAGCAAAUGUGCACUCGAAGGCUUCUGUGUCGUCUAGGCUUCCCGUACUAAUUCACGUAUGCACAGACAAUUUGCAUUCGUGCAGAAAAAUAAACACAAAAUGAUUCUUUUUGUCCUCGAUACUCCAGGAAGACGAGUGCACAUUUUCACAUAUUUACUAGUAAUUUAUGGAUACUUGUGUACGUUUAUGCUGAUUUGCCAGCUAAACGCAAUAUUUAAUGAAACAUAUUAUAUUCUCUCAAAUGUAAGCAAAAAGCAAAUUAAAAGUUAUACAUUAAAUUCUCGGUAUCGUUAAGUAAUCUACCUAAAAUAUGAAAAAAAAAAUUCAAAUGUAAUUGUAUUCCACCAGAAAAUGUAGUAGCAUUGUUGUGAGGCAUAUUGGAACCUCCACAAACAAAAUAAUUGCUUCUCUUUGUGUAGUUACAGCAUAAACACUCAACAAUAUUGAGCAUCAGACUUAACGAUUCUCUCAGCGAAUUUCGAAUAGGGAAACUAGUUGUAUCACUUUGAACAAACAGCACGACAAAUUAAGCUCAACAGCGUACUAAAUCGUAAAUUCAAGAGAAAUGAGUCUAUGUCGCAACCGGUUCGACGACCGAUUACGUGAAGCUGAAUCAUCCAAUGUAACCCUUAGGUAACACAAACGCUGAAUGUCGCGAGCUUUUCGUUGCGGAUCAAAUGGAACCGUAAUGGAAAGUACCGCCAGCAAUGUUCGUAGUGAUCAAUAUGUUGAGACUCAGAGCGAAACUAGAAGCAUCGUCUUGAGUGAGAUGCCGCUCGAAUACGUUGGAAAAUAUUUCAAAGUAAUUCGUUGCUAGCAAAGUGAAACCUAAAUCUAGAUAUGUAUCGCCGGAAAUUGAAACUAUAGCAAACAAUGACAUUACGUAGAAGCAUACAAACAGGUACCAGUUGUAGCUGUGCAUAAUUGUGAAACCGAGAAUUUUCUUCUAGUGAUUGACAAAAAUAAAUCCGAAUAAAAAAAUCUGAGUUUAAAACAAA